AUGGCCGACAAGCAACCCCUCGUAACCCACAUCUACACCGCGGACCCCUCCGCCCACGCCUUCAACGGCAAACUCUACGUCUACCCCUCGCACGACCGCGAAACCGACAUCCAAGACAACGACAAUGGCGACCAGUACGACAUGAACGACUACCACGUCCUCUCCAUGGAGGAGAUCGGCGGACCCGUCACCGACCACGGCAUCGCCCUCGCCCAAGCCGACAUCCCCUGGGUGAGCAAACAGCUCUGGGCGCCCGACGCGGCCUUCAAGAACGGGAAAUACUACCUCUACUUCCCCGCCAGGGACAAGGACGGCAUCUUCCGGAUCGGCGUGGCCGAAUCGGACAAGCCCGAGGGGCCCUUCAAGCCGGAACCAGACUACAUCCAGGGCACCUUCAGCAUCGACCCGGCGACCUUCGUCGACGACGACGGCCAAGCCUACCUCUACUUCGGCGGUCUCUGGGGCGGCCAGCUCCAGUGCUGGACCUCCAACACCUUCGACGCCUCGCAGCAGGGACCCAACGAGCCGUCGACGGGCCACGCGCUGAGCGCCAAGGUCGCCAAACUCAACGACGACAUGAAGACGCUGCACGAGUCCGGCGUGCAGGACGUCGUCAUCCUCGCCCCGGAGACGGGCAAACCCAUCCCCGCCGAGGACCACGACCGCCGCUUCUUCGAGGCCGCCUGGCUGCACAAGUACAAUGGGAAAUACUACUUUUCCUACUCGACGGGCGACACGCAUUACCUCGCGUACGCCAUCUCGGACUCCCCGCUCGGGCCUUUUACGUAUGCGGGACGGAUACUGGAGCCCGUGUUGGGCUGGACGACGCAUCACUCGAUUGCCGAGUUCAAGGGCAAGUGGUAUCUUUUCUACCAUGAUACGAGCCUGAGCGGGAGGAACCAUUUGCGGUGCGUCAAGGUCAGGGAGAUUGUGUACGAUGCCGAGGGCAAGAUUCACUUGAAGGAGGCGCAGCCCAAGGUCGAGGAGGUGCCGCCGGCGAAGUUGGAGGCGUAG